AGCGUGGUCAUCCUACCGCGACAUCACUAAUUGUCAUGUAUUAGGCUAUAGCCGCUACCUUACGGCUCUUUUCCAUCGACCCCGUGACCCCCCAACAAACAAUGUUGUUGAGAUUAAACUCCGUCUCUCCAGUGGAUUGACCCAAUCAGCGCUCGCUCUGCUCCUACUGGGGGGGGGGGGGAAAACAAUUAGCGGAGGGAUUCUAAAGAACCCGCAAGACUUCGCGGAGGCAUACGCGCUUUGUGUUGCGACCGACAACGGUACUAAAAUGGAGAAGAAGCGCUGGGAGUGCUCGGCUCUGCCCCAGGGCUGGAAAAAGGAGGAAGUUACCCGAAGGUCUGGCCUCUCCGCCGGCAAGAGCGAUGUCUAUUACUAUAGGUAACUGGGGAGAGAACAGCUCACCCAGCAGAUAUAAUAGAUCGCUUCGAGACAGGGUUGGAUGCCUUUUUACCAACCCAAGUGGGAAGAAAUUCCGCAGUAAGCCUCAGCUUGCUCGUUACUUGGGAAACUCAAUGGAUCUCAGCACAUUUGACUUUCGUACAGGAAAAAUGCUCAUGAGCAAAAUCAACAAAAACAGACAGCGACUGCGGUAUGAUGGACUAAAUCAAUCUAAGGGUAAGCCAGAUCUUAAUACUGCACUUCCUGUGAGGCAGACAGCCUCCAUUUUCAAGCAACCAGUGACAAAGGUGACUAAUCACCCCACCAACAAAGUCAAGAGUGACCCACAGAAAGCAGUUGACCAACCAAGGCAGCUCUUCUGGGAAAAGAAGCUGAGUGGGUUAAAUGCAUUUGACAUUGCAGAGGAGUUGGUGAAAACUAUGGAACUACCUAAAGGUUUGCAAGGUGUGGGUCCUGGAUGCACAGAUGAGACUCUUCUGUCUGCUAUUGCAAGUGCUCUGCAUACUAGCACUAUGCCUAUCACAGGUCAGCUUUCUGCAGCAGUAGAGAAGAAUCCUGGUGUUUGGCUUAACACUUCUCAGCCCCUUUGCAAAGCCUUUAUGGUGACAGAUGAAGACAUCAGGAAACAGGAGGAGCUGGUUCAACAAGUGAGGAAGAAACUGGAGGAAGCUCUCAUGGCUGAUAUGCUUGCUCAUGUAGAAGAGAUUUCCAAAGAUGGUGGUGCUCCAUUAGACAAAGAUAUUGAAGACGAAGAGGAAGACCCCAGAGAACAAGAAGCUGAUGAUGUAUAAAAAUGGUCUGUUAACGAACAACCUCUUCUCUUCAUAAAAUUCUUCUGACAACUGGAACCAGAGCCACAAAGCACUGAUGCAGGGCUGGCAUUGAUACCUCAAAGAAAAGUGUGCCCAUUUACACCUCUUAUCCCAAGGUCACUGCUGGCAGGUUCUGAUUUUGGAUGCUGAAAUCUCUGAAGAGCCAUAAACAUUUUUGCUUUUUUUUUUUUUUUUAAAAAAAAAAAAAAGACAUUUCUUUACUUUCUGCACUGCAUUCCAUCAACCUUCUCCCAGUUAUAAUACAAAGAAAACAUGGAUACUUUAUAUCAGUCCUCACAGCUGCUUCAAAAGAGAUGCAUUUUUAAAAAGAUGGUUAUUUUGGAUUAAUUAUUAAACACCUUUUGUAAAUUGAAAUGGAGUUUACCAAGAUUUUUUUUUUUUUUUGUAGUCUUUUAAAAACUCCAAUUUGUAAUGAGGAAUAAUCUGUUAACCUGUCAAUGGGUGUUCUGAUUUUCUUCAAAUAGAGCUCUAGAUUUUAUUUUAAACAUUGAUGAAAUAUUAAAGCCAGUACUUUUUCUUUUCAUGGAUAAUUCAUUUCUCUUUGUAAGCAUGCCCAGUCACUUACUUAACAUUUAAGACCUUCAGUAAACACAAUCUUUUUCAAAAAUGUAAACCUGAAAUAACUUUUUGUAUAAGAUACACAUUCAUGUGGUUUAUAAGUCAAGCACUGAGAAAUUCUCAAGAAAACAUGUUGUUGCCAGCAAGGCUCAAAAGAUGUACUUUUUUUUCCCCUACUUUCAGACAGUGCAACCAAAAAUGAAUAUCUACGUAGAGAAAUACCUCUUGUUUUCUUGUAAGCCUAGUUGCAGAAAAUGUUCAGGGAUUAGUAAUCCGCAAGCGAAUGUGUGUCUUAUGUGAAAAGUCUAUUAAAUAUUUGAAUGAAAUUAUUUUGUUUUAAUGGAAGAACUUUUUCAAGAUAACAAUUGCUCUUCUAACCAAGGGCUUUUUGCAAAAAUGUCAUUAAAAUACUAAGAACCUAAA